AUGCGAUUACUCAACACCUCUACGUUACAGGUGGAAGAGUUCCUGCAGAGCCAAGUGCCAGAUUACGUUAUCCUCUCGCAUACUUGGGGCUCUGAGGAGGUUACUCUGCAAGAUAUUCUGUCAAAUGUAGCGCCAUCGAAGAAAGGGUUUGCGAAGCUUAUCGGCUGUUGCAAAAGAGCUAAGGACGAUGGCUUCAAGUACUGCUGGAUUGACACUUGCUGCAUCGACAAAACCUCGAGCGCUGAACUAUCGGAGGCGAUCAACUCAAUGUACCAAUGGUACAAAGGAGCCUGUAUCUGUUACGCGUACUUGGAAGACGUGCAAGGCAACCCGCAGCUAGACGACUACAAAGCUUUCAGCAAAUCUCGAUGGUUUACACGUGGGUGGACCCUGCAAGAGCUCAUCGCUCCUGGCAUUGUAGAAUUCUACAACGUAUCAUGGGUAGACAUCGGGACACGAAGUAGCCUUCAGAAGAGACUGACGGGCAUAACUGGUAUCAACGAGAAGAUACUUACUGGUGGAAACCCUCUCAACUGCCCAGUUGCAAAACCAGCCGGGUUGAGGAUCAGGCUUACUGCCUUCUAG